UUCAUCUCUACUCAAUUACCUUUGACUAAGCCAGAGACGGAAGCUCGGAUUCAGAUUUUUAAGUUCUUACUAUUCCUCAUCACACCGUUGCUUAUCGUCAGCCUUAGGUUCUAAUUUGUCCUACAGACAUCUCCGAAUCAGGAUACACGAGCAUUGCAUUGAUAUUUCAGCCAACAAAACACCACGCCACGUUCUCACCACAUACAAGCCUUGAAUAGAAGCUGAUAGGUCUGUCCAUGCAGUAUCAACUGUAGAACGAAAAUGAUAAUUUCUGUUUCUCUUAUCUAUCGACCUUGGCACUUCCAAUAUCUAUCAUUGGAUCUGCAACAUGAUGAUGCCACCCUCGUAUCUUCCACUCGAUUCUAUUGCGCAGGACGGUGAUGAAGUCCCGCUGCUCAUCAAGUGGAGUAUGAUGCAGGCCCGUUGCGUAGUAAUGAAGAGCUAGAGCACAUCAGGAAGGCCGUUAAGAAAACAACAAUCUCGAGGCGUUUUGGAACACUUAUAAAUAUCGAUCACCUCGAAGCUAUCCAUAACAUCUGUUGAUGAUAUUCUCAUUGAUUAUACUUUUCGUAUAUAGAAAAUGAUCUCCCGAAUAACAGCAGGAUUGGCAUUGUUCACGUUGGUGAACGGUGCGAAAAUCACUCAAAGGAACAUACAAGCUAAUCUGGUAGACCGAGGAGUUCCAGCAAACGCCACCGGGGUAAAAACUCUCGUUACACCUCAAAACAUAACGAUUCGUUAUAAGGAGCCUGGAAAGGAAGGUGUAUGUGAGACCACGCCUGGUGUGAAUUCGUACUCUGGAUAUAUCGACCUUGAUGCGUACGUGAAUCUUGGCACUUGACACUUUAUAGGAAUUGCAGUCACAGCAUGCUAAGUGAUUGCAGCAACUCACACACCUUCUUUUGGUUCUUCGAGGCCCGAAACGACCCUGCAAAUGCACCAGUCACACUAUGGCUGAACGGUGGACCAGGUUCCGAUUCUAUGAUUGGUCUCUUUCAAGGUAUGCAGCGAUUCAGACAAUUUCGUAAAUACAAGCUGACAUUUUCAGAGCUGGGCCCUUGCAAUGUCACCGCAAACCUCACUACUGAGUUGAAUCCUUAUUCAUUUAGCGAAUAUACAAAUUUGUUGUUUCUUUCUCAACCUCUAGGCGUUGGAUUUUCGUAUGGAUCAGAGGGUGUUGGAAGCCUGAAUCCAGGCAAGUCGAUCAAUGCCACAUCCAUGAAGGUUGCUAAUUUCAGUAACAGUCACUGGUAUCUAUGAAAACGCUUCCUAUGCUGGGGCACAGGGAAGGUAUCCUGUCAUUAACGCGACAGCUCUUGAUACUACAGACCUUGCAGCUGUGGCCGCUUGGCACGUGCUGUAAGAAAUAUCUCUUCUUAGCUGGUGACAUGGAAACUAGCUGGCCAUGCUUCAGUAUUCCAGAUAUUUUCCUCUGUGUCUCUUUUAUUCCAUUGUAUAAGUGGCAUAGCUAAUGCUUAUUUUUUCUAGGCAAGGAUUCCUGGGUGCUUUACCCCAACUCGACCCGGCUGUCAAUCUUACCACGAAAAAGGAAUUCAACCUAUGGACGGAGUCUUAUGGUGGUCACUAUGGUCCCGCUUUUUACAAGUACUUCUAUGACAGAAACCAGGAAAUUGCAAAUGGUACUAUUGCAGGCGUCCACCUAGACUUCAACACUCUUGGUGUUGGCAAUGGAAUCAUCGACGAAUACAUUCAGGCACCAUUGUGAGUCAAAUAAAUAAGUAGUUAUCUGAAAUCACCAACAUCUUCUAAUCAUGUGAAAAACUAGUUAUCCUGAGUUUGCCGUAAACAACACAUAUGGCAUCAAGGCUUAUAAUGACACAGGUAUUAAUGCCCAAUGGAACAUUUAUUGUCCAUACUAAUUCAUCAGUCUACAACUUUGCGAAAUUUGCUCUGAAUAUGGGUAACGGCUGCCUUGACCAGAUUAACUUGUGUCGCGCGACAAACUUGACGACGGCUGCGGAUCAAGCAGUAUGCACUGAAGCCGAGAAUAUCUGCAGAGAUACAGUGGAAGGAGUCUACUAUACGUUUGGAGGACGAGGAGCCUACGACAUUCGACAUCCUUAUGGUUGGUUUUUUAUUUCGCGCAUUCUCAGUCCUUUUCCUUAGAUUUCAAGAGCAACGAUGUAGCUUUGCGCUAACAAAAUUUUCCAGAUGAUCCAACUCCACCAACUUAUUUUAUGGAUUUCCUAAACUUAGCUUCUACGCAGUCUGCUCUGGGUGUUAACCUAAAUUACAGUGCGGAUUCUAAUUUGGAAGUUUACUAUGCUUUCCAGCAGACUGGAGAUUUUGUCUAUCCGACUUUCUUGGAGGAUCUAGAAUACUUACUCGCAAACGACGUUCGAGUAUCGUUAUACUACGGUGAUGCUGAUUAUAUUUGCAAUGUAAGUUUAGCCCGAAGGUUAAGAAAUCCAAGUUAACACAGGUAGUGGUUCGGCGGAGAAGCCAUUUCUUUGGCCGCGAAUUACACUCACAGCGCUGAAUUUGCGGCAGCAGGUUAUGCUCCUUUCAUAGUUGAUGGAACAGAGUACGGAGAAGUGAGACAGUAUGGGAACUUCAGUUUCUUGAGAGUCUACGAAGCAGGUAAGUCAUAUAUUCCUAUACCCCGUUCUCUGUUCACUUGCUAACUCGUAUGAAAGGCCAUGAAGUACCGUACUACCAGCCAACAGCAAGUUUAGAAUUUUUCAGGCGUACAUUACUCAACCUCGAUAUUGCGGAUGGAAAAUCGAGGCUUACUAGUAAUUAUUCAAGCUCAGGUAUCGCUUCAGCCACCCAUACUGAACCUUUUGUCGCUUUACCAUCACCAACAUCAGGUUAUAGUACGGCAGCUGCUGGGCUACCUAACUGGCAAAGAUAGAAUCUCUUUCGAAAGUAUAAAUUGCCACUAAGGAUCCUUGUAUCGGGAAGUGCAUGCAGGUCACGUGUCGACGAUCAAUUGCUUUUCAUGAACUUACUCGAGUAAAUACAAAUCAAUAUAUUACCAAGACUUCAUGAAAACUUCAUGGAAAAUUGGCUGUGAAAUAUUCCCAAAAUUUAAUCUCUUAAACAAACAGAUAAAAUUG